AUGGAAGAAAAGAUAUCAAAUAUUUUAGAUUUAUUCCCAAAUUUAACCAUUUCAACAGUAGAAAAAUAUUUAAAAGAAAAUAAUAAUAAUGUAGAAUCCACAAUUGAUUAUUUGUUAAAUAAUAAUGUAGAUGAAACCACCACCACCACCAAUGUAAAUAUUAAUAAUACAACCUCAGAAACCAAAAGCAACUUGGAUAAUUGUGGAAAAGGAUUUUCAGAAACCAACGAAAAUGUUUAUAAUUUCAAAUCAAAAGAAGAUGAAGAGAAUGAAAAAUUAUUUAAAGAGUUUAUGAAGAAUGAGCAAUCUCAAAAUGAAAUAGCGAAUAGAAGCAAAUCCCACUAUUGUGAUAUUUGUUUUAUGGAUUUACCAAUCGAAGAUUUCUAUAUUUUGGAUGAAUGUAAUCAUAAAUUCUGUAAUGAUUGUUUAAGCACUCAUUAUACAAUUCAAAUUAGAUCAGGUUAUUCAAAUUUAAAAUGCCCUGCAAAUUGUAAAUAUAUUGUUAGUUAUGAAGAAGCCAAGCAUCUAUUAAAGGGUGAAAUAUUCGAAAGAUAUGAUGCUUUGUUAUUAUUGGCUCACUUACAAAAAGAUAAAAAUGUUUUAAAGUGUCCAUACGUUAACUGUGGAAUGAAAAUGAUUAAAAACAAAGACACUGUUGGUGAUGUAGUUUGUCCAAACCCAGAAUGUGAAACAUCAUUCUGUAUAGAAUGUAGAGAAGAAUCUCAUUUUGGCAUCACAUGUCAAGAAUUAAGAGAACUCAAAAUUGAACUUGCAGGUUAUUUCUCUAUCGAUGAAGAAGAUAAAAGAAAAAGAGAAGAAAUACUCAGAAGUUUUAAUUAUGGACCAAAUAAACACGCAAGAUCUUCAAUCAACAAAAGAAUUUUCUUUGCUGGUAGAUCCAUUAGAAAUAAAGAAGCUAUGCAAAAUAAUAUUCUUAAACUCAAAAACUCAAAUAUUAGAACCUAUAACUGGAUUAUGAAUAAUACUAUGAUGUGCCCACAUUGUUCCUGUUUAAUUGAAAAGAGUUCUGGUUGCAAUCAUAUCGACUGUUAUUGUGGUGGCAGUUUCUGUUUUGGUUGUGGUAUUUCUGAAUCAGAACACUAUGGAGGCUUUCCAUGUACAUAUAGAUGUUAA